AUGGGCUGGCAGAAGGGGGUGUCGAGCUGCUUUCAGGAAAAAAUUGCCUCGUAUAUGGACGAAGAUGCUUCCACAGCAGAGGAUUCCACAAUCCGGACUCUCAUGAAGUCGUUUGAGCAAAAGGCCAGAGAAUACGGUAUCAAAAAGAUGUUGCGUGGCAUGAUGGUCGCAUUCGAGCAGAUGCCGGACAACGAGGAUUUCGAACAUAGCGCCGGUCUGUCGGAAUUAGACGGGGAUGAUUCUACUGCCGAAGAUGAGGACACCGUAUAUGAAGCACAGAGUACUGAAGAUGAGUCCACUGAAGAUGGUGACGUUGGAGCAGAGACCGCAUCGGGCAUUGGAAGCGAUAAAAGCAAAGAUACAUUUGGUGCAGGUCACAGCGGCAAAGGCAGCGCGGAUGAGCCUCAAAACGGGGGCCGAGAGAUGGGCAAGAGAGCCCUGCCUUACCGACCCUACAUCCCUCCCAAAGCCUCCAAGAAAGGCCAAAAAAAGAGGUGA